AUGCGUUUCACUCAUUCCUCUCUUUUAACAUUGACUACUGUCAUCUCGUCAUCGUUAUUGUUUAACGGUGCUUCCACUGCUCCAAUUUCUCCAAACGAUGUUGUAACUUCUUCACCUGUCUCUGAAGACAAUCCCAUUGUCGCAUUCGAUCAUUUGGCCUUGGAUCAUCACAAGUUUGAAAAGAGAUGCGGUCAUAAGGAUAAGCAUGUCAAGGCUGCUGCUCAAAAGAAGCAUGGCAAAAAGAGACACACUACAACAAAGAAGGUUUCAGCAUUGUCCAAGAAGAAGAAGAGCUCUUCCAAGAAGAAGUCUUUAACCAAAAAGAAAUCAACUACCAAGAAGAAGUCCUCCUCUCACAAGAAAUUGACGACUCACAAGAAGAAGAAGACCACGCCCAAGAAAAAGACUACCACCAAAAAGAAGACUACCACCAAAAAGAAGACCACUACUAAAAAGAAGACCACUACUAAAAAGAAGACUACUAAAAAGACUACUACUAAAAAGUCUUCCGGCUCUUCUAGCAGCAGUGGUACCUUCACUGGAGAUGGCACCUACUACAAUCCUGGUUUAGGAUCUUGUGGUUUCGAAAGCACUGAACAUGAUUUGAUUGCUGCUUUGAAUGCUCCACAAAUGCAGAAUGGUGCCAAUCCCAACAAGAAUCCUACCUGUGGCAAGUACAUUAAUGUCAAAGGUCCCAAAGGUUCUGUCAAGGUCAAGAUUGUAGACACUUGCCCUCCUUGUGUUAAAGGCGACGUUGACUUGAGUCCUGCUGCAUUCGGCAAGAUUGCUAAUUUCGCUGAUGGCCGAGUCAAGAUUUCUUGGAGUUGGGCAUAA